AAUAGGAAAUCGCUGCCAAUUUGUGCCAAAUGUCUAGCCAUCAGACUGUCUGCAAAUGUUUCUUUUUCCGCUCAUUUAAUUCCGCUCAUUACAUCGGACAUUUGUUACAUUUAAUUAAGCAAUCCAAUUUGUGUUUAAACGUAUUUAUCGCAAAUAAUGAGCACGCCUGCUUUUAUAAAUGUUAUGAGCAUGGUAAAUUAAUAACAUUCGAUGAGCAAUGGUCAACUUUGUUCGUUAUUGCACAUUUGUAAUUCUGGUGGCCGCUGCGAAGGCUCAGGAUAAUGAGGAAACCUCAUCGGUGGCCACUUACACAGGUGACUUGACUGAGGAGCAGUGCAACACAUCGAGGGAAGGCUGCUGUUCGGAGCUUUAUAUAGGGGAAGAGGAGGAGCUGACCAAGUGCUUUGUCAUCCACUCCACCAAAUUGCCAGCGGAUGGGGACACUGACGUCGGCAAGACCCUGAGGUUUCUAUCGUGCUUUGUGGAGUGUAUUUACAAGCAGAAGAAAUACAUUGGCAAGAGCGAUACGAUCAACAUGAAGAUGGUCAAGCUGGACGCAGAGAAGACCUAUGCAGAUCGGCCCAAGGAGAAGGACUAUCACAUUGCCAUGUUCGACCACUGCCGCAAGGAUGCAGUCGGGGUGUACAACCUACUGAAGGCCAGUCCUGGAGCGAAGGUGCUGCUGAAAGGAGCCUGUCGUCCCUACCUGUUGAUGGUGUUCAUGUGCAUCAGUGACUACCAUCAGAAGAAGGAGUGUCCCUACUUCCGGUGGGAGGGCACUGCGAAGGCGGGAACCAAGGAUCUGUGCGAUAAUGCCAAGGCCGAGUGCUAUCAAAUAGAUGGCAUUACACUGCCCACAAAGAGUCCAGCCUGA